AUGUUCGACCGACUGCGAAAGCGGAAGAGCGACACGAGUUCUCGAGAUGAAAGUUCGAAUGAGAACAGCCCCAACGGCCGCGACGGCAGUAAUGUAGAGAAAGGUGAUGAGUCGGGAGGCCAGCCCCAGCCCGUAGGUUUCUGGGAUCCGAAUCUUGAUCACGUCCGGAAGAAAGCCUUUCAGAAAUGGGCGAUCACGACGACUUUUCUAAUGGCCUUCAUUUUGUCUGUGCUAUCAUUAUAUUGGGGCAUUUUCUUCCACCUCAAUGGUCCAGAGAGUAAAAUAAACAAACUAGUAGUCUACAUUGUGGAUUUCGACGGUCAAGCACCAUACGAUAACACCGGUCAUGCGCCUAUCGUAGGACCUGCCAUCGUGCAGCUCGCAGAACAAACAGUAAACUCCGGCAUGGCCCACUUAGGAUACGGCUCCAUGACUCCAUCCCAUUUCAACAACGAUCCUCUGCAAGUUCGCCAGGCAGUCUACAACUGGGACGCAUGGGCCGCCAUCAUCGUCAACCCAAAUGCUACAACUAUGCUAUAUUCAGCGAUCGCGACUGGGAAUGCUUCCUACGACCCGAUGGGAGCGUGCCAGCUGGUCUAUCAAGAUGCGCGGGAUGACACCAACUGGUAUGAUUUCUUGCUUCCAGAGAUCAGUACGUUCCAAACGCAGGCGACGAGUAUGGUUGGAAAGAUGUGGGCGGGGAUGGUAUUGCAGAAUGCGUCAGAUCCAACGGUUCUGGCGAACAUGCGAGCGGCGCCUCAAGCCAUCAGUCCUGCGAUUGGGUUCUCAGAGUUCAAUCUUCGACCUUUCUAUCCGUAUACGUCUAUUCCGGCAGUCAGCAUUGGGCUGAUCUACCUCAUCAUCAUAUCCUUCUUCUCAUUCUCCUUCUACCUCCCGAUCCACAUGCAAUACCUGAACCCAAAAGGCCACCCACCGCUCAAGUUCUGGCAGCUUAUCCUCUGGCGCUACUGCGCCACGAUAUCCGCCUACCUCUUCCUAUCCCUCGCCUACUCCUUCGUCUCCAUGGCAUUCCAAGUCAACUUCACCCACACAAACCCCAUCACCUCCGAGACGCAGACCACAGACGUUGCGUACGGAAACCCUAUCGCGUACGGCCACGGCACUUUCCUUGUCUACUGGAUGCUCAAUUUCUGGGGGAUGAUAGCGCUAGGCCUUGCGUGCGAGAAUAUGGCGAUGGUAGUUGGGCAGCCGUGGAUGGGGCUAUGGUUGAUAUUCUGGGUGAUUACAAACGUGUCGACGAGUUUCUACGACAUCGAGAUCGAGCCGGCGUUCUAUCGAUGGGGCUACGCAUGGCCUCUGCAUCAGGUCGUAGAAGGAAGUCGUCAGAUACUGUUUAACCUCCAUUCCCGCAUCGGUCUCGAUUUCGGCAUCUUGAUUGCAUGGGGCGCGGUCAAUUCUGCGCUCUUUCCCUUAACGUGCAUGUUUCAGCGGUGGAAGACUAAGAAGGGUGUUACGGAGUAUUUUGUUGGACACUGA